AUGCAAGAUAAAGAUGGAUGCACUCAAAACCAAUGUGAAGUUGGCCAAAAAUGUGUUCCCGCCAUGUACAAUUAUUAUAUCUGCCUAACAUUUGACGCACCUUGUGACGUUAACCUUUGUCUUAAUAAUGGUGUAUGUAGAAACAUGGUCAACAAUUACAGAUGUAUUUGUCCAAAUGGUUACCAUGGCAAUCAUUGUGAAAAUAAACCUUGUGACGUUAACCCUUGUCGUAAUAAUGGAAUAUGCAGAAACAUGUUCAGCGGUUACAUAUGUAUUUGUGCGGGAGGUUACGAUGGCGAUAAUUGUGAAUGGAAUUACCGAUACUUUACAGACACUUCAGGUAUACUUAGUUCUCCGAACUACCCUGGCAAUUAUACGAAUAACCUUAGGUACAAAUAUUUCAUACAAUUGCAAGCUGGACAGAGUAUAACCCUGACAUUUUCUACAAUUAUUACGGAAAAAUGUUGUGAUCUCGUUCAGGUCUUUGAAGGAUCAACUAUAUCAGAUCCACCCCUACUGAAGCUGUCUGGGUCCAGUAAUAGUAGUACUACAGUGCAGUCAACUAGCAAUAACAUGCUCGUAGUAUUUACAUCUGACGGCAGUAUUAUUGGCAGAGGAUUCACUGCUAGAUAUUCCUCUCAUUCAUGAGGUUUAAUGAAAAAUAAAUCAGGAAUUCCAAGUAAAUGUUGUACUACUUGAGGAAAAGUUGAAGUCAAGCAAAACUAAACGAGAAAUGUAUACUUAUAAAUUUGUUGGCUUUAUCAGACAAGAAAAUUCUAAAUGAUUGUAACUAGGUGUUCUUUUUUAAAAGUAAAUGUUUAAAUGAUUACUCGAGAUUAUCAGAAAAAUAGUAUCGGGUUAAUGGAGAAGAAAAAAAAAACAACCCAUAAUGCAUUAAAUACAUAACUCUUUAAUUUUCGGCAAAAAUCUGUAUUCUCAUAUGCAGAUUGUCCAGGAAAACUGAUUUGUGAAAUAUUGGUUAUAAGAAAAUAUGUCUUUUUAUAUUGAUAUUAUUAAAACUUGUUGGAUGAAUCA